AACAACCUCACUCUAAGAAAAAGAGAGAAAAACACAAGGAGUAGAAAUGGCUUCCAGCUUGAUGUCUAACGCCGCCGCAGUCGCCGCCGCCAGCAGUGCUCAGGCUAACAUGGUGGCUCCAUUCAAUGGCUUGAAGUCCACUUCAGCUUUCCCUGUCACCAGGAAAAGCAAUGACAUUACUACUCUUGCUACCAAUGGAGGCAAAGUCCAAUGCAUGCAGGUAUGGCCACCACUUGGCUUGAAGAAGUUCGAGACCCUCUCUUACCUUCCACCUCUCACCACAGAGCAAUUGCUGGCCGAAGUCAACUACCUUCUAGUUAAGGGAUGGAUUCCUUGCUUAGAAUUUGAAGUCAAAGACGGAUUUGUGUACCGUGAGCACAACAACUCACCAGGAUACUAUGAUGGUCGCUACUGGACUAUGUGGAAGUUGCCCAUGUUUGGGUGCACUGACCCAGCUCAAGUAGUGAACGAGGUUGAGGAGGUCAAGAAGGCUUACCCUGAUGCUUUUGUUAGGAUCAUUGGGUUCGACAACAAACGUCAAGUGCAAUGCAUUAGUUUCAUUGCAUACAAGCCUAAAGGCUACUAAUUAAUUUCAUAAUUUGCUUCAUGCAACCAUUUCAUAAUAAGUUGCUUUUGCUUUGGUUUUUUAUGGAAUUUUAGAGAGAGCAUAAUUGUAUUAUGCGUAAAUUGACUUGUUUUCUGAUCAUUAUGAAAUGAAAUCUCUCUUCUUUGAAA